AAACACAAGAUCACAGUGCCCACUCCACCUUCUUCCUCCCCUGGGGACUGAAAGAGAGCAAGGACAAAGCUCCAGAAGCUCUGCCGGGGCAGCCCUCCUAGGAAGAUGCAUUUGCUCCUGCUCCUGUUGGCCUUCUUUCUGCCUCCCAAGACAAAGGCAGGGGAAAUCAUCGGGGGACAUGAGGCCAAGCCCCACUCCCGCCCCUACAUGGCCUAUCUUCGGAUCUUAGACAAGGGUUCACGGAAGAGGUGUGGUGGCUUCCUGAUACGAGAGGACUUUGUGCUGACGGCUGCUCACUGCCAGGGAAGUUCAAUAAAUGUCACCCUGGGGGCACACAACAUUGAGGAACAGGAGGAGACCCAGCAAGUCAUCCCAGUGAAAAGAGCCAUCCAACACCCAGGCUACAAAUCUGAUCACUUUUACAAUGACAUCAUGUUACUGCAGCUAGAGAAAAAAGCCAAGUUGAAUCCAGCUGUGCAGACCAUCAAGCUGCCCAGGAGCAAGGACAAGGUGACGUCUGGGAAGGUGUGCCAUGUGGCUGGCUGGGGGAGAAUGGUGCCCCCCAAGGGCAGAUUCUCCAACACACUGCAGGAGGUGAAGAUGAGAGUGCAGAAGGACCAGGUGUGCAAGCUCGAGAAAGUCUUAAGCAAGUACUACAACAGUACCAUCGAGAUGUGUGUGGGGGAUCCAAAGGAAAAAUGUUCUUCCUUUCAGGGGGACUCUGGAGGCCCUCUAGUGUGUAACAAUGUGGUCCAAGGCAUCGUCUCUUAUGGAAAAUCCAAUGGGACACCUCCGCGCAUCUACACCAAAGUCUCGAGUUUCCUACGGUGGAUAAAAGAAACCAUGAAAAGUCAUCAACUGCAGCAGACAAAGCCCCUUCUAUGACUAAACAGAACCGAGUCUAGAAUCACCCUGGAGGAGGUGCCCCAAACUGAAUAAAUGUCUCUUAGCCAUG